AUGGCAGCAACCCAAGCGCAGAUUGCAAUGAUCAAGGCUCUGGUAGACUCAGGCAUCCCUCUGUCAGAGAUACCUGCUGGCCGGCCGCCACCUGGACAAGUGUCUCACAUCCACCAUGCCGUGGGUAGAACACACAUGAUCACAACCUGCGACAUCAUCUGUAUGGUAAUCGUCUGCAGCAUCGUCGCCGCACGAUUCUAUACACGUGUACGCCUGGUGAAGAGCCUUUGGUGGGAUGAUUGUGAGUCUAUACUGAGAUCCAGAUUCCGUUCAUCAGUAACUAAUGUUUUCAAGNGGUGCACACUAUUCUCUCUUGCAUGCUGGAUUGGUGAGACGGGGUUGUUCCAGAUGGCCUGCCGCUGGGGUGCAGGCAAACACAUCUACGACCUCCNNCCUGUGUCGUAUCUCUAUCCCAACUUGCUGCGUGGAUGGGUGGUAUGCGCGGUGAUGUACAGCAUAACCAUGUUGUUCGCCAAGCUGUCCAUCUUGAUGCUCUAUCGCCGCUUGUUUCCCAUCGCCAACUUUACCAAGCGUUGGUGGUUCGUAACCGCCUUCACAGUCGCAUACUCAGUUGGAGGUGCAUUCUCCUCACUGUUCCAAUGCAGACCCAUGGCUUCUGCGUGGUCUUUGGAUAUUGUGCCUGAGUAUUGCAUCAACACCGAGAAGUUCUACACAGCCAAUGCGGCCCUGAACAUCGCGUCUGACCUUAUGAUACUUGUGUUGCCGGCUCCUAUUGUCUGGAAUUUGAACACGGACGUCCGCAAGAAGAUCAUCCUCACAGGUCUCUUCUCAAUGGGUUCUGUAUCCUGUCUCGUCAGCAUCCUUCGUUUGCGCUCAAUCGUCGUUUUGUACAAGGACGGCUACGAUGACUUGACCUGGGGCCUCGUCGAAGUCGUCCUAUGGUCGCAAGCCGAGCUGACAGCAGCAAUGAUCUGCACUUGCACACCCUGCCUGCGACCACUGUUCGAGAAGAUCACGCCACUCUUCGCUUCCGUCGUAAGCUCUAGAAAGGGCACCACCGUGAACAACACCUACGGCAGUGGAAAGUACGUCCGCACAAACGACUACGGUCACCGCAGCACAGCAAGCAAAGCAACCUCGAUUGCAGACCUCGAGAUGGAUUCUGGUAUCCAUAAGAAGGUGACUGUGGACGUCAGUGCUAUGGGUAGCGAUGACAGCGACAGCCAGAAGAGCAUCAUUCGACACCAAGGGUUUGACCGCGAUUAA